GAUUCAGAAAUGGUGGAAAAGGUUCUAAGAUCUUGCUGUAGCUAAAAUAGUCAGCUUUAUGUUUUUUUGUGCAGGCAUUGAGAUACUUUUCGUAUUAUUAUGUUCAGCUCUAGAAGCAUCUUUUGAAUAAAGAGAAAGAAAAAGACAUGAAAAUAGCCAACAGGGUUCGUUUGCUGACAAAACUAUUGCAAAAUGCCAGGGAACUUUCAUUUGCUGAGUCGACAGGUGUGAGACAGCAACAGGCUGAUGGUGUGUUGACCAAGCAAAAUUUCCAGUUUCAAAUAUUAAACUCUGAGAAAGAGAGUGCCAACAUAUUUAAGUCUACUUUCUUGAAGGAUUUCCUAUUGUUUGAAGAUUUUGUGACAGAGGAUGAGGAGAAAUGCCUUUUGGAAGAUUCAAAGAAGCCUUUAGCAAGACUGAAAUACGAAUAUGAUCACUGGGACGGGGUUAUCUGUGGAUACAGGGAGCUGGAAAAAUCAAGUUGGGGGCCAGAGAGCACAAAUGUACUUAAACGAAUUCAAGAAACGGUAUUUGAUGAGAAAUCUGUGAUGCUUCCAGCUGUUCAUGUGUUAGAUCUAUCUAGUGAUGGGUACAUCAAACCUCAUGUGGAUAGCAAGUUUUGCGGCCGUAGAAUUGCUGGUUUGAGCCUUUUGUCACCUGCUAUCAUGCGACUAAAGCCUAGUGACGUCACUGAGCAACAUGCUUUCGUAGAUGUUCUACUCAAGCCAAGAUCUCUUUACAUCAUGAGAGACUUUGCCAGGUACGAACUCACCCAUGAAAUCCUUGCAGAUAAAGAGUCAUACUUAGGAAAAAGAAAAUUUAACAGAGAGCGGAGGAUAUCCAUUGUAUUACGAGAGGAGCCACCUUCGUGAAGAAAUAGUUGUCCUGAAUGCACCAUUCAUGAGUUAAGAAUAAUCGAGAGCUGAGUUGCUUGCUUUCCUAUUUCGCAAGGGAUUGCUGCUUCAAAAGACGCUUGAAUUUGUUGAAACGAAUGACAUAUGUUCUGAAAUCUUCGAACGGACAAGUGAUUGCUGUGGCUUGAUACUUAAGAUUGUCGAUCGAGUAUUGUGUAGUGACUAAGAAAGGAAGUGUGUUUUAUGAACACUAAAUUACUCGCAAAUAGCAUUGUUCGCCGCCUACAAUUUUGUCAUGAUAUACCUGUGCCAUUAUUGAACUUAUGCAACGCUGUUUUCUGAAGUUGUACGUCAAAUUAUACCAUAUUGUUUGUUAAUUCUUCAUAUUUACUAUAAUCUAAAUAUGGAUCCAUUUCAAACGUGAUUUGUGUACUA